AUGCACAACUACGCGAGAGUAAACCACAUAGACCUUGAGCAAGAGCUCACGGUUGACGAGUAUUACUCGGUGAAGUCCGGGUUGAGAAUAAUCCUGAGCAAAAUUAAGAGCCCCAAAAUAUAUGGAUACUUCACCCUACUGACGGAGGCCGAAAAUGACGAGGGGUUGCCGCACACCCUGGAGCACCUCAUAUUUCUGGGAAGCCACAAAUACCCAUACAAAGGACUGCUGGACUCAUUAGCAUACAAAUGUCUGUCCGAAGGAACGAAUGCCUGGACCUCAAUCGAUCACACCUGCUACACAAUAGAGACAUUCGGCAUCGAAGGAUUUAGCAACAUCCUACCCAUUUAUCUAGAUUUCAUCCUAAACCCAACCCUAGCCGAUGAUAUGUUUCUGUUCGAAGUGCACCACAUAUUUGAAAAUGGAACGCAUAACGGAGUGGUCUACUCAGAAAUGAAGUCAAUAGAGAAUAGCUGUGAAAAUAUAAUCGAGAGGACAGUCAUUACGAAUCUUUAUCCAAAUGAGAAGAGUGGCUAUAGGUUCGAGACAGGCGGGACUCUGGAUGGCUUGAGAAAAACCAAUAAUGAUCGUGUGAGGGAGUAUUUCAAAAAAUUUUAUACGUUGGACAACUUCGCCAUUAUCAUUUUCGGCAACUUUAACAACGACGAUAUUUUGGACAUCAUACACGGGUUCGAGCAGUACCACUUGGAGUUGAACCCGGCGCAGGUCUUAGGCGGGGCGCACGGAGAGGCGACAGCGGCGGCAACAGCAGUAAAGGUGGGCGCGGUAAAGACAGACGGGGUAAAGACAGACGCGGUAACUACAGAGACAGCUGCCGUCGCGGACGCCCCAUCCGCGGAGCAACUCUUCAUUAGCCACAUGCAAAGCCCCAAGAGACCCUGGAGCGAAGAGUGCAACGUCGAAAGGAGGACCGACUCUAGAAUUAUAAAAAAGUAUUACCCGUGUAAUAAUCUGAACAACGGGCAGGUGUGCAUCGCGUGGAGGGGUUGUGACUGGUCCGACUUCCACACCAAGCUGGCAAUAUCCCUGUUGGGCAACUACCUCACCGAUUUGACCACCUCCCCUGUCAGCAAGCGGCUGCUGGAAGAUAAGGAGAACACCUACUGCAGCAAUCUGGACUUCGCGCUGGAGGAUUUGAAAGGCAACUACUUCACCAUCGACAUUUACGACGUUGUGUACAAGUUUAGGAUGGACGAGGUAGGCGAAAUAACGCGCAAGUGCCUGCAACAGGUCCUGGAAGAGCCGCUCAACAUGGACAGACUGAAGAAUAUCAUUGUUCGGUCGUACCUGCAGCAUCUGAAAGAUCUGGAGGCAGCCCCACAGUACCUCCUAAACGAAUUUAUCAUAAAAUACUUUAUCUAUGGGAAGCAGAAGGAGGACCUUAGCAAUUGCCUGAAUUUGAAAAAGGCCUACGUCGAUCUCUUGGGGAAAGAGGAGGAAUACUGGAAGGAGGUGCUAAAGAAGUACUUCGUGCAGAACGACUACGUGGAGGUCAGGUGCUACCCCAGCUACAAAAAGGCAAGGCAGAUUGAACAAUUCGAGAGAAACCUAAUCGAUAUUGAACAGAAUAGAUACGGGAUGGAGAAGCUGCAGGAAAUGGUUAAGCACAUUAGGAAAAUUAAGGAGAACUUCGAGAAGAAGCCUCCGAAGAGCUCCCUCAACGUAGUGGAGUCUGCCAAGCCGCAAAACGUGCUAAUCGAGGGUCUCACGGUGUUCCGAAACUUCGAGCUGUUACAAAAGGGGGAGGGGACAACAGAUACCUCACUAGAAGGGUUGACCAAUCAAACGGACACUCCCGAGGAUGUGUCCCGUGAAAACGCUCACCUGUUGAGCUCCCUCGAAGGGGACCUCAAGAGAGUGAUUUUUCCAAUCCAGCUGAGCCACAUCCCAUCCAACUUCGUAUCGAUAAAUGUGCUAAUAAACUCGAGCAACGUGGACGAGGAGUUAAAGAAGUAUAUUCCCCUGUUGAGUUACCUCCUCUUCGAGACAGACGUGGAGGUGAACAAUACCAAUGUCAAGUGUGAGUUAUUCACAGAGGAGCUGAUCAGACAUACAAUAAACUACUGCUGUAAUUAUGGCUUGGGAGGAAAUGCCAAAAAUUUCAGAGCAGGCAGCUUAGGAAAUAUACUCUGCAUACAAAUUGUAGGUCUGUAUGAGCACUACGAGAAGUUAUUUGAUCUACUCUUUUUGUCCAUCUUUAAAAUGAACCUAACCAUAGAGAGAAUGGAAAUCAUCCUCAAGUCAGCCUACCAAAAUCUGUUGCAAAAAAAAACCAAACCGAAGACUCUGGUAGUUAAUAUGGAAUAUGCUCUUCGCUACAUGAAGGGUAGCACCUCUGGAAUUGUUUCCAUUGGGCAACAAGAAAUGAUUCUUGAGCUAAUUGAGGAUAAAAGCAACUUGACGGAGCUCUACGAUAAGCUUAACACAUUGAAGGAGCAGCUUUUCGACCUAAACAACUUCGUCAUCGCCAUUGAUGCGAAUUUUUGCAAAAUUAGGAAUGUCUUUUCGUGGUACGACCGCUGGUUUAGGAUUCCCUCCACGGGGGAGAAAAGCGACACCCCAUCAGGACUGCACAAAAAGGACUACACCGUGAAUGCGCCAUACACGGAAUUUACCUUCGACCAGGCGAGCGCGGCCAACCCUGGGAAAGCCGUCAACCUCGAUAAGGCUGCCUCGGGGGAGAAGAAGCCUGCCUCCUAUUUCGACAUGCCCAUCUGCAGCGGCGCCGAGUCGAAAGGAGAAACGCAGGGAAGUGCCUCCCAGGAUGGAGAAAAAAAAAUCCAAACGUGUGAAGCGAUGAAGCAGAAGAGUGCAGAUAAGUAUAUAUGCCUAGGCCCCCGUGUGCACAAAAGCUUGAAAGAGUACCUGAGCGCCGAAUUGGAGAAGGAGGACAAAAAUUUCAAACUCAAUUUGGUGAAAGACAAAGCCUAUAAUGGAGUCCUGUGUGGGUUAAAGAGUACAGACGUUUCGUAUCUGAAGCUGACUGUUAAGGUGCCUGCAGGAUAUGAGCACGAAGAUUACUGUGCCCUGUUGCUCCUGCGUGAAUUCUUCUGCAUGACGGAAGGGCCCCUCUACAAUAGCAUCCGCGGAGGAGGAUUCGCUUAUGAAUGUGCAUUAGAUUUUAACUCCAUCCAUGGAGAGCUAAGCUUGCGCAUUUAUAGAUCAAGUGAUAUUAUUAGCGCCCUGAAGGAAGCAUUACACAUUUUCGAUUACUACUGCAAGAGCGAAAUGAAGGAGGAAGAAAUCUCUAUUGCGAAGAGCAGUGCUUAUUACACCAUCUUCAAUAAUCAAGAAACCGUAUCGGAUAGAGCCUCGCAGACCAUUUUUCUGAGUAUAAAAAAUUUGCCCUUAAGUUUUUACGACAAGUUGUUGAGGAAGAUUGAAAACAUGACGACGAAGGAUCUGCAGAUCAUUUGCCACAAAUAUCUGUCUCGAAUCGUGAACUUCCGAAUUGAUAAGACUAAUGCGCUGAUCGGUUCGACUCUCUGCAUCGUUUGUUGCUCCGAUAGGAUGGAGGAGAUCCUUGACAGCCUUAGGAAGGACGUCAAGGUAGGCCCCAUAUGCUCCGUCAGUGUCGCGCAGCUUUUCCACUUUUUGAAGGACUACGACAUGGCCGCGGCGCUUGGCGGGACAGCGGCGAAGCAGACGGGCUUGGCCAACGUGGACGAGGAACAGGAUGACAAGGAUGACGCGGAUGACGAGAAUGACCAUGACGACGAUGAUGACAAAGAGGACGAUGAUAGCAGUAGCCCCGUUGGGAGUGACGACUACUCCGCUUCGUCGGCCUACUCCACCUGCUCCGUGUUGUCCGAGGACGACAGCUACCCUGGGUACUCCGAGGGGUAG